AUGAAGCUAUUAAGUGUUGUCGGUGUUACAAUCUUUCAAGUUGCCUAUUUAUGUGAACUCAUUUUUAAUCUCCAUCUUUUAUCAAAGUUUCACAAGAUUGUUCAUAAUCAUUCCACCUCGAAAUUCUCAGUCAGAAUGUCAAUUUUAUUUUUAUAUCUUACCAACAUGGUUAUGAUCAGUGUUGCACUGACCUCAUUCUUUAUGGAAUGGGAAACACUACAACCAUUCUAUAAAGUUGGUUUUGGAAUCAUUAUUCUUUUGUGUUUUGGAGUUCAUAGUAUCUGUUUGUACAUUGAAUAUUUAACACUCGAAAGAUUACUAUCGCUUGAAUCAAAAGCAUCAUUUCGUCGACAACAGCUUCAAUCUUUGGUCAUGGUUGUUGUUUUUGGAAUGUUUUCAAUUCUUAAUAUUGGUACUAUAUUUUGGAAUCCAAAAUCUAACCAUCAGUUUGUAGGCAGAUUGUUUUUGAAUCAAGGGUCGUUAUGGAUACUUGGUUCAAUUCCUCCAGUUGCAAGAUUCAUUAUCAAAAAGAAAUAUACACUUUUACUUCAAAAAGUCCAGAAUAACCCCCAAACUUCAAACACUGACAUUUCAAUGCAAGUCACCAAAACUCCUUCCUCUUCUUCUCAACCAACCAUCUCUGAAUCAACAGAAGAAAGAAAUGUAGUUUUGAUGAUUAGAAAUUUAUUGUUAAUUUUCAAAGUACAAAAUACUUUAAUCAUGAAACUAUUAAAUGGUGUUGGUGUGACCAUUUUCUUAGUCGCCUAUUUAUGUGAGCUCAUUUUCAAUCUUCAACGUUUGUCAAAGUUUCACAAGAUCAUUCAUAAUCACUCCUCAUCCAAAUGUUCAGUUAGAAUGUCUAUUUUAUUUUUACAUGUCACCAAUUUAGUCAUGAUCAGUGUUGGGGUGACCUCAAUCUUUAUGGAAUGGGAAACUCUACAACCAUUCUAUAAAGUUGGUUUUGGAAUCAUUAUUCUUUUAUGUUUUGGAGUUCAUAGUAUCUGUUUGUACAUUGAAUAUUUAACACUUGAAAGAUUAUUAUCAGUGGAAUCAAAAGCAUCAUUUCGUCGACAACAACUUCAAUCUUUGGUCAUGGUUGUUGUUUUAGGAUUGUUUUCAUUUCUCAGUAUCGAAGCCAUAUUUUGGACUCCAAAAUCCAACCAUCAAUUUGUAGGCAGAUUGUUUUUGAAUCAAGGGUCGUUAUGGAUACUUGGUUCAAUUCCUCCAGUUGCAAGAUUCAUUAUCAAAAAGAAAUAUAAACUUUUACCUCAAGUCGAGAACAAUACUCCCCAAACCUCCAAUACCGACAUCUCAAUGCAACUCUCCAAAACUCCUUCCACUUCUUCUCAACCAACCCUCUCUGAAUCAACAGAUAAUAAUGAUCAUUCAGUUUAA